AUGGCAGUGAACACGCUUAGUUUGCUAAAAGUCGUAAAAGUGUUAAUAAUUUUAACUGCAGCUGUUAACUCAUCGCAAGGCAUCAACCUGGGACUAAUAGCGGGUGAUCUGAAGUUACCAACAAAACCUUUAUCAAUCACCAAAUACUCUCGCCACUCUCCUAUCUUCGUCAAUAUCAACUCCAGGCAUAAUUUACUCCCAGACUUGCCACCACUUCCCAAGCUGCCUUCAAAACCUCCUCCUUUACCUUCCUUACCUAAUCUACCAAGGCUACCUUUAUCUUACGGUUCGAAAAUAUCAAAAUUACUAUCUUCUUCAAAAUUACCUAAACUGGGAACCCCAUUAUGGCCUUUAAUGCCUCCUGUCCCUUUUCUACCCCCUAUAAUUCCACCUUUAUUUCCAUUAAUACCAAAAUUACCUCUUUUACCUAUAUUACCCCCUAUUAUACCACCGUUAACACUUUUACCUCCUAUUUUACCAAGAAUACCAAUGUUGCCACUAAGUAGUCCUUUCGGUCCUUUGAAAGUUCCAAUUUUAGGAAAGUCACCUUUGCAGAAAGCAUUAAGUUCCGAACUUAAGCCUUUAAUAUUACCAUCUCCAAGUUGUAAAAGAAAGGGUAAUAUUAUGGAUAAACUUGCUGAUUUAAGGAAGAAAGGUUCACUGACUACAGGAGAAUAUCUUCGAUUUAAGAAACUUCUGUUGUAA